UUUAAUUUGAAGCCCGCCGCACUUCCGCCGCGCCGUAACUGCCGCUCGCUUUCCGCGCAGAGGCGAGCUCCGCACCGCUCUCAAAACAGCGGGCUCAUGGACUGAACAUGGCCCAAAACCGAAGCCUUUUCCUCGAAGGGCUGGAGCGGGCGGAGAGCAGGAGAGAUGGAGGAUUUAACCAGUACAAAGAGUGGGGCUUCUCACUCUCCGAAGACGCUGAAGACGACAAGAAACACAAGUAAGAACUGGACCAGAACCGGACCAGGGACCAGGGACUGGACCAGAGAAGAUCAGAUCAGACCAGACAUCAGGCCAGGGACCAAAGACCAGAGAAGAUCAGAUCAGGGACCAGAGAUCAUAGAUCAGGAACCAGGGAAGACCGGACCAGGGACCAGGGAAGACCGGACCAGGGACCAGGGACCAGGGUAGACCAAACCAGGGAGCAGAGGACCAGGGAGCAGAGGACCAGGGAGCAGAGGACCAGGGAGCAGAGGACCAGGGAGCAGAGGACCAGGGAGCAGAGGACCAGGGAGCAGAGGACCAGGGAGCAGAGGACCAGGGAGCAGAGGACCAGGGAGCAGAGGACCAGGGAGCAGAGACCGGAGACUCAUUGUAGUGGCGUGAGAAUGGAGCAGAGCGACCGACAGCAGACCACGCCCCCCGACGAGAGCAAGUCUCCUCCAGUGCGUCUCCUUUCUUCGUCGGACCCCCUCAGAACCUACGAGAACCGUUCCAGCAGCAGUCGGCCGCUGCACAGACUCGCCCCCAAGAAACACAUAGACUCACCGAUGCCCAACAGAACCAACUUUGUGAUCAUCAGCCCCACGCCGUCUCAGGGCAUCGUGCUCCAGGGACGACACUUUCAGCACGCCCAGAUGCCCUCCCACGUACGCCGACCUCUGACACGGGACUUUGCGCCGACGCAGCCCCCGGUGGAGAUGGACAGUAUCGUUCUCACCUGUCCGGACGUGUCAGACGACGAACGUUUGAAUGUGAAGCGGCGAAUUGUUCAGCGGAGGCAGGAAUGUCGCACCUUCACUUCACCACCAGAGUUGGUCCAGUCGUGGCCGUCUCCAUUCCCUCUGCUCUGUUUAAACUGUAAAAAACCCAAAGAACCGUCAGAGAAAUGCACAAACUGUGGUUCUAUUGGCCCCGCCUCCUCCGCGCCGACGCCGCGCCCCCCAUCCCUUAGCCCCACCCAGGCCCAAACCCGGACUCAGCCCGGACCGCUGCAGGGUCUACAGCCGGUCCCGGGCUUCUACAGACCCGCCUCCCCUCUGCCCAUGAGAGUCACCAGAACCCAGAACAACGGAGCCAAGAGAACCAACGAGAUCAGCGACCCCAUUGUCCUCUCAAGCGACGACGAGGAGGACGAAGCGGAUAACGCCAGCACCGGGAGCUCUCGUCUGGACAACAUCUCCCCGCGCCCGGCGGACUCCGCCCACUCCUCGCCGGCGCCCUCCGGCGGGAAAGUGGAGGCGGCGGUGAAGAGCGCGGCGGAGCAGGAGGAGCUGGGAGCCGACUUCUUCGAGGACGUCAACAUGAAGAUCAGUAUCCCCCGAAGAGCGCGCAUGAAGGACCAGUUUGGGAAAAGUCCCCCAGAGCCGCCGCGUCAGAAGAAACCCAAACUCCCCGCCAAAUGUUCCAGCAUCAUCCUGGAAUGUCGAAGCAUCCGGAUCGGAACUCUACGGAGGCUGGUCCGCAAACCUGUGGUGUUCACCACAGAACACAUCCAACUGGACACAGAAGGUCCAGAGGGUCAGGCCGAGUCCGUCGUGUUUCGUGCCUCGGAGCUCGUCAGCUGUGAGUGGUGCAGCGUCCGUAAACUGCCCGUGUUGUUUUUCCAAAGCACGGAGCAGGAGUGUUCUCGACUGAGGGAGCAGCUGCAGAUGAACCGAGCAGCCGCCUCAGACUGGAUCGACUGCUCCUCCACACACCCGGAUGAGAAGUACAUCGUGCUGAUCUUUGAGAACGGCCUCCCCAUGGAGCAGCAGGUCAUCCUGGAGGACAUUUUAGGAGAAAUCGGCCAAAACAACAACCUCACAGACUUUCCCUCCAAAAUCUCCUUCGACGAAGCGAAUCUGCGGCUGGUGAACUACAACAAGGCCACGGAGCGAAAGGACGACAAGGUUAAACCCGCCCGGACUCCUCCCAAGCCCAACCCGGUCCCGGUCCGGACCCGGAUGUCCACGAGACACAAACCCAGCAGCUUCGAGUCGGACGAUGAGAUGACGGAGCUCCAGCCCACCUUCACCGGACCCAUCGUCAAGCUGAUGGUGUACCCCCCUCCUCCCGCCAAAGGGGGCAUCACCGUCACCAACGAAGACCUGCACUGUCUGAACGACGGAGAGUUCCUCAACGACGUCAUCAUCGACUUCUAUUUAAAGUAUUUGGUCCUGGAGAAGUUGAAAAAGGACGACGCUCAGAGGAUCCACGUCUUCAGUUCGUUCUUUUACAAACGACUGAAUCAGAGAGAACGACGCAACGUCCUGACUUUUGACUGUUUCUUUCUCAGGCUCCAGAAAAAGAAGCACAACCGUGUGAAGACCUGGACCAGACACGUGGACCUGUUCCAGAAGGACUUCAUCUUCGUCCCCAUCAACGAGUCAGCUCACUGGUACCUGGCUGUGAUCUGCUUCCCGGGCCUGGAGCGCCCCCUGCUGGAGCCCAACCCUCAGUUCCAGGGCGAGAGUCCGAGCGGCGAGUCCCAAACGGAGGAGCCGAUCCCGGAUCACUGCCGCCCGCUGUCGCCCUGCGCCUCCCCGGAGCCCGAGGAGCCCGAGGAGCGACCGGAGAACCAGGAGAACCCACAGGAACAGAGCUACAGCAGUGAGCUGCACAGGAUCAGUGUGUGUUACGGUUCCAAAGGCAGAGACGACGACCCCUUCACCUUCUCAGACGACCACAGCUCCUGUCAGGACGAGUGCAGUGAAGACGGGACUCUCGCUGACGACGCCUCCAACGACAGUUCAUCUUUAACCUCAAAACCAACCAUCUGUAAACAGCCUUGUAUCCUGAUCAUGGACUCGCUCAGAGGUCCUGCUCGGUCCACGGUCGUCAAAACCCUCCGAGAGUACCUGGAGGUGGAGUGGGAGGUGCGGCGCGGCUCUCAGAGGAGUUUUAAUAAAGACGUGAUGAAGGGCUCGAGUCCCCGAGUCCCGCAGCAGGACAACUUCAGCGACUGUGGAGUUUACGUGCUGCAGUACGUGGAGAGCUUCUUCCAGAACCCCAUUCCCAGUUUCACGUUGCCUCUGAACUUAUCGGACUGGUUCCCGCCUCAGAGGAUGAAGACGAAACGCGAGGAGAUAAAGGAGCUCAUUUUAAGACUCCAAACCCAACAACAACAACAACAACAGCAGAACCAGAACCAGAACCAGACCCAGAACCCAGAACCACCAGGAGAACCCGCAGAGCCUCGACUCCGCCCCGGGAUCCUCCGAGGAACCCGAGAUCCAAGAACCCGGCUCGUCUCCUCUCUGAAAGCCCUCAGCAUUCCUCCAGAACCUCCACGAACUCACCAAACUUUAUACUAAACAUAAACUCUGACGCCAUUUCACGUUCACUCACUGUGCUCCUCCUCCUCCUCCUCCUCCUCUUCCUCCUCCAACUCUUCUUCCUCCUCGUUCUCGUCCUCCUCCGUUAAUUUAAGAAGAACAUGUAGAAAUAUUAAGAAUUCCAGAAGUUCGUUUGUAAGUGAAAGCGUCCAUUGCUUCUGUGGAGUUUUUCAGCAUUAAAAUCUGCAGUAGAACCAGGACAGUUACAGCUUUAUUUAUGCUUCGUUUGCCUUAAAAAAAAAAAAAAAAAAAAAAAAAAAAAAAGUGUGUAUGUUUUUUUUUUAUUCAAAAACUAAACCAUAAGUUAAACGUUA